CUUCCCCCACUUCACUCCCUACUAAUCUCGCCACCCAAGAUCCUUUUCCCUCUCUUAAACACCUUUUUUACGCUCCUCCAUGUCUAAACAACAGCCAACAAACAACAUUAACCAACAAAAAAACACCGAACGAUAUCAUUUCCGACCAAAUCUCUCUUUUUCUCACACAUACCAUGUCUCUCCUCCUCUUCAUCUUCUCUCUCCCUCUCCUCCUCUCCCCUUCCCUCUCCUUUCCCUUUGGUAAUGCUUCAUACUUCAUAGACUGUGGCGGUUCUACAAACACAACCGAUCCAUUCAACACAAUAUGGCUUUCCGACCGUUACUUCACUGGAGGAGCCAUCUCUGUAGUGUCGGAGCCACUCCACUUCCGCUAUCCUCAAGAAAAAAAUCUUCGCUUCUUCCCCCUCUCUUCCGGUAAAAAAAACUGCUACAUUUUGCCUCUCCCUAGCGGCCGUUACUACUUCCGUUCGUUCACUGUCUACGACAACUACGAUGGCAAGUCCCACGCUCCUUCAUUCGACGCAUCCGUCGAGGGUACUCUCGUCUUUUCCUGGCGUUCUCCUUGGCCGGAGAACCUCGCUCGUGACGGCGCGUACUCCGAUCUCUUCGCGUUUGUCAAAGACGGUGAAGCGGAUGUUUGUUUUUACAGUAUUGCCACUGACCCUCCCGUCAUUGGAUCCCUUGAAGUCCGUCAAAUCGAUCCGUCAUCUUACGAUUCCGCAACAAUCGGCGAUAAGUUCAUCCUCGUUAAUUACGGCCGUUUAUCCUGCGGGUCCAACCAGUGGGGCCCAGGGUUCAGCAACGACACUGAUGAUUUCGGCCGAGUAUGGCAGUCCGACUCCGUACUCCGAACUCUAAACACGACAAAAAUAAUCCACUCCCUCUCCACACGAGAAACCAUAACCGGGACCAAUCAGCCACCGAAUUUUUUUCCUGCGAAGCUUUACCAAACGGCGGUUACUGGAAAUGGAAUACUCGAGUACGAGCUGUCGGUCGAUGCGAAAUUGGAUUAUGUGUUGUGGUUUCAUUUCGCAGAGAUUGAUUCAAGUGUGAAGCAGAAAGCGGAGAGAGUGUUUGAUGUGGUGGUGAAUGAGAAGAAUGUGAAGAGGGUCGACGUUUUCGAGGAAGUUGGGAGUUUUGCAGCUUAUAGUUUGAGUUAUACAGUGCAUAAUUUGAGCAGUACUGUGUUGACUGUGAAGUUUGUGCCAGUGAUUGGCGCUCCGAUUGUUUGUGGAAUUGAGAAUUAUGCUUUGAUUCCUAAUGAUCUCUCCACCGCGCCGGAGCAAGUGGUGGCCAUGAGAGCAUUGAAAGAGUCGUUGAGAGUUCCUGAUAGAAUGGGAUGGAAUGGGGAUCCUUGUGCUCCUACUAGCUGGGAUGCCUGGGAAGGAGUUACAUGCCAUCCCAACAAAGAUGAAACUGCACUCGUGAUAUCGCAAAUUGAUCUUGGAAGUCAAGGCUUGAAAGGGACUAUAAGUGAGCAGAUUACUCUUUUGUCGAACUUGGUAACCCUGAAUUUGAGUACUAAUUCUUUGGGAGGAACUCUACCAUCCAGACUAGGUCAACAAUCUCUUGUACGGCUGGACUUGUCAAACAAUCAAUUUUCAGGUCCUAUACCAGAAAGUCUAGCUUUGGCAACUCAUCUGCAACUUGUGAUGUUGAAUGGUAACUCAUUGGAAGGGCGGGUACCAGAGGAACUUUAUUCAAUUGGUGUGCAUGGUGGAGCUAUUGAUCUAUCAGAUAACAAAGGGUUGUGUGGAGUACCAUCUUUGCCACAAUGCUCUCUUUUCUGGGAUAAUGGUCGCUUGUCCACUGGUGGUAAAAUUGCUAUAGGCUUAUCCUGCCUAGGAUUUGUUUGUUUGCUUGUAUUGGGAUACCUAAUCUGCAUCAGGAGGCGUAGACAUGAUUAUGAAUUUGCUCCACCUCACGAUCUAAUGUCAAUGGCUGCCAAGAGAAACAGGUACCAGAGGCAGAAGUCCUUGAUGCUUCUUGAAAUGGAGAGCCAACAUGCCAAAGGAUUGUCAUCGCCUCAUGGUCCCCAUUAACAGUCUUUUAGAAAAGAUGGUAUUGAUCUUGAUAUUCUUCAGCUCACUAAGAGAGCAUAGAGAGGGGACCCUGGAUGCAGCUAUUGCAGAAUGCUCUAGUAGAUGUGAGCGGCAUCUACUCCACAAAGAGGACUUCGUCUAUUUGGAAUCUUUCAACAAUGGAAACAAGAUGGGGUCUUGUAAAGUCACACUGUCUAUACAAUGCAAUGUAUCUGAGAUUAUUUUUUUUUUUUUUUACUGACAAAACAAACUGGAUAAGCCAUCCUGAUGUAUCAUACCGGCUUUGCAGCAUUUUAUGAGAACAUGCUGUGAGUUCAUCUUCAAUUUAUGAAAAGGACAUUACACAUUUAUACCAA